UACAUUGUAACCACAGAUCUACCAUAUGAAGUCAUACUUUACUGAUACAAUAGUCGGACAGUCGAGAUAUUUCGGAUAGAAUUAUGGAAAACGAGCUGGUCUUGAGGACCUUCAUCUUUAGCCGGACUAUUUACGUUCUCUUGACAGUUGUGUCCGUAUUUUCAUACGAGGCUGCAGGUGCACGGGAAAGUUACGAAGCAGAAUACUUCACAAACGCCUCACUACCGUGUAAUUUUACACUUCAUAACCUGACCUACCCUGGCAUAACUAUUCCCUUCAAGAAAUACUGGAUUCUUCCGAAUACUUCCGUUUUAGCUGACAACUUUCCCGGAAGUGAGCGAUAUCAUAUCGAGGCACCAGAUCCGUACAUAUUUAACCUACGUAUUGACAGUAUCGAUGACCCAGAUUUUGGUGUAUAUCACUGUGUAUUGUUAUGGGAGAAUAUCUUUUACACCACAAGUGUGAUCCGGGUGGCUUUAAACGAGGAUGGGCCGUUAUAUAAAAGACAACUUGAAACGUUUCAAAGAAACCUUUUGAUUGGCUGCAUCAGCGCAGGCGCGGCUGUGAUUAUUGUAAUAAUUGUAUGUGUUGCUUGCAGAUGUCGUAAAAAGAAGUCCAAAAAUGAAGACACGCUGUCAAAUCUUGAUUAUUACACCCACAACAUGAAAUCUCGUCACGCGGAGCAUGAGUAUGCAAUAAGCAACCGUAGCGUUCAUCACUCAGAACCGCGACAGCCGAACGCGGAGGAAAUGUAUGCAAAAGUGAACAAAACCGGAAGUCCGACUCAUGGAGAAAGUGUUACUAUUAGCUCUGCACAUCUAUAAAUUUCCGGUCAGUUCUUGCUACAGAGAAAAAUAUAUAGAUUUAAGAUAUUUUAAAAAUCAUAAACAGUGUAGUUUGUAAUCUGUACAUAGCAAACGAUAAGAAUAGCAGUUUGAAUAACGGAAAUAACUGUUUUUGUGUUACAAAAAAGUAAAGGUGUCCGUUUUCUUAUAAGGCCUUAUGAACUUUAUAACUAAAACUAAAUAUGAUAAUUUAGCCAUUUGCAGAUUUAUAUUCUAAUGAUUUUUUAAAGAAAUACAAUUAUAGGAGUUUUAAAAAAUCAUUUAUAAAUCAGG